UCCGCCCGAACACACUUUUUUGGUUGCUCACAUCAUUUCACAUGAAUGGAAAAGGAAAUAGCAAUAAUACCAUGACUUGAUAUCGUCUGUGCAUUGCAGAAACCUUAACAUUAAACGAAGAAAAUUAUAUCUAAUUGCAUAUUUAUAGCUGUUCCCAGCUGACAGUGUUGCUGAGUGAAGCGGUGCGUUUAGCUUGUUUCAGCUACACAAAGCGACUCACUUUAGCUAACAACUGAUUCAUUGACUAGCCGCUUUAAGUGUACAUUAUAUCACUGUGUAACUGAUAGAGAACAAACAUCAGGAUAAAAUGCUGAAGGAAAUCCUCGACCUGCCUCUUGAGGAUAAGAUAUUUUACGCCGUGUUGGUGUUUUCGUGGACGGUUUAUCUUUGGGAGGCCUAUCUUUCUCACAGACAGAGGAGGAUCUACAGCUCUGCCACGCAUGUCCCCACCGAGCUGGGGAAGAUUAUGGACGCAGAGACGUUUGAGAAGUCGCGCCUUUACCAGCUGGACAAGAGCAACUUCAGUUUCUGGUCUGGACUUUACUCUGAGACAGAGGGAACGCUCAUCCUGCUGCUUGGAGGCAUCCCUUUCCUCUGGAAGAUCUCAGAAAGUCUGACUGGUCGCAUCGGCCUCGGCCCAGAGUACGAGAUCUCCCAGUCGUUGGUCUUCUUGAUGAUUGCGACGCUGUUCAGUGCCAUCACAGGGCUGCCGUGGAGUCUGUACAGCACUUUCGUCAUCGAGGAGAAACACGGCUUUAACCAACAGACGUUAGGCUUCUUCCUUAAAGAUGCUCUGAAGAAGUUCGUGGUGACGCAGUGCAUUCUGCUGCCCGUCACCUCUCUGCUCCUCUACAUCAUCAAGAUCGGCGGAGAUUAUUUCUUCAUCUACGCCUGGCUCUUCACACUCAUCGUCUCUCUGGUUCUGGUGACCAUCUACGCCGACUACAUCGCCCCGCUGUUUGAUAAGUUCACACCGCUGCCUGAAGGAGAGCUGAAGACGGAAAUCGAAAGCAUGGCUAAGUCCAUCGACUUCCCGCUCACCAAGAUCUACGUCGUAGAAGGCUCUAAAAGAUCGUCACACAGCAACGCGUACUUCUACGGUUUCUUCAAGAACAAGCGUAUUGUGCUGUUCGACACGCUGCUAGAAGAUUACUCACCUCUGAACAAGAAGAACGACGGAGAGCCCGUCACCGAACCGGAGAAGAACGAGGAGACGGGAGACGAGACCAAGCUACAGUCUAAACACAAGAAGCAAGGCUGCAGUAAUCCAGAGGUUCUGGCGGUUCUUGGACACGAAUUGGGACACUGGAAAUUGGGCCACACGGUGAAGCACAUCAUCAUUAGCCAGCUGAAUUCGUUCCUCUGCUUUUUCCUGUUCGCUGUUCUGAUCGGUCGGAAAGAGCUUUUUGUGGCCUUUGGUUUCCACGACAACCAGCCAACUCUUAUCGGGCUGUUGAUCAUCUUCCAGUUCAUCUUCUCCCCCUACAAUGAGCUCCUGACGUUCUGCCUGACUGUGCUGAGUCGCAGAUUCGAGUUCCAGGCAGACGCGUUCGCACGAGCCAUGGGGCGGUCGACUGAGCUCUGCUCGGCCCUCAUCAAGCUAAAUAAAGACAACUUGGGCUUUCCUGUAGCUGACUGGCUCUUCUCAAUGUGGCACUAUUCCCACCCUCCGCUCCUGGAGCGCCUCCGGGCCAUCAAGGACACGAAGAAACAAGACUGACGGUUCCACAAGGGGGCGCCACAUUCACCAUCCGCCCCUCACAGAAAGGGCCUUCGGUGGCCAUUUCUGGCUGUCUGAAGAAAGAAAAAGUCUCUCUCUCAAUUUUUGUCUCGUAUUCCCUUAUUUCACAGUUUUCUACCUGUUUUAAUUAAUUGGAUUUAAUUAUGCAUCAGAAAUGCAUCAGCGCAAAGAAGACUUAUGAAAAAAUCAUACUUUCUAAAUAAACAAGUGUCUUCUCUUUCUCAAUUUGCAUCCAAAAUUGAAUAAGUGUAUUUUUCCUAUCCUUGAUAUUGUUCAGGAGAGAGACAGGAUGAGGAGCACCCUACAAAAAAUCGCCUGGCCUCGUUCUAGUUCAAUUAUUUCACCUUUGAUUCAUUUGAGUCAUUUGCUUUUGUUCAGAUCUAAAACGAUUCAGACCAUAUCUGUAAAUACGGUGUUGAUUUCGCCGCUUCUUUUUUUUAAAUAAUGAUAAUACAUUUAAGAAAUGUUAGCAGUAGCUAGAAAUUUGUUGAAAUUUUUACAGUUUGGUUUCUUUUUAUUUUGAGUGCCUCUAGCAUAUGACUGCAUGUGCAGCUGUGUGUGUGUGUGUGUGUGUGUGUGUGUGUGUGUGUGUGUGUGUGUGUGUGUGUGUGUGUGUGU